AUGAUAACUAAUAAGGUAAAUAAUAUUGAGGAAUGUUUAGUUUGUACUGCUGUAACAAAUAGUGCACAUUGUUCUGUUAAUUCUUGUAGAUCAUGUUCUGCUUUUUUUCGUAGAAGUGCACUAGGAAAUUAUAUUUAUAGAUGUAGAAGAGGAAAUAAACAAUGUCAAAUUAAACCAAAAGAUAAAUUAUUUUGUAAAUAUUGUCGUUAUGAAAAAUGUAAAGCAGUUGGAAUGAUAAUUAGAAAAAAUAAUAAUAAAAAUAGUCAAGAGAUAAUUUUAAAUAAAAUAUCAUCAAGUAAUACACCACAAAAUACAAAUAUAGAACCUUCAACUUCUAAUAAUGAACAUUUACCUUCUUCAAAACCAAUAACAGAAAGAUAUCAAAUAGUAAAAAAUCAACUAAUAUUUGAUAUACAAGAAACUAAAAAUUUAAUAAAAAAAAUUUUUGAAAAUAAGAUGUAUGGUUGUACACAUAUUGAAGGUUUUCAAUUAACAUGUCUUCAAAAAGUUAUACAAGGAAUAGAAUAUAUGAAAAAUAAAUUAAAUAUUGGAUCAAGAGAAGAAAUAUCAAUACAUACAAAGGUAGAAUUUAAAAAAUAUUUACGUUUUUGGGAAAAAUUUAUAAUAUAUUCUGCUGAAAUGUUAAUGCAUAUUCCUGAUUUUGCCUCAUUACCUAAUGAUGAAAAAUUUGAAAUUUAUCGUAAUUUUUAUCCAAUGGGAUAUAUACUUUUUAGAGUAUAUUAUUCAGUAUUAAUAUUUUCAGUUAAUAAUGAAACAAUGCUUAUUGUUGAUGAAAAUAUUGCUCAUCCAAUAGAUAAUUUUAAUAUAAUUGAUUUAAAAAUGACUGAUGUAAUAGCUAAAAAAUUUGAUGAUAUGACAAAACCAUUUACACAAUUUCUUGAUAUUCAUGUUUUUCAACCAAUGAAAUUACUUAAAUUAGAAAAUAUAGAAAUAGCCUAUUUAAUAAUUCAAAUGGUUUUUUCUAAUGUGAAUAAUGAAAAAUUAUUUAUUGAAUCACGUCCUAUUUUUGAUAAAAUACUUAAAGUAACCAAUGAUGAAUUACAUAAUUAUUAUUAUUAUAAUAAAAAAAUUACAAAUUAUGCCUAUCGUAUAACAGAAAUGACAAAAUUACUUUCAACACUUAAAGAAUAUAGUAUUCGUGAAAGAGAAAUUAUUUUAGUAGCAAAAUGGUUAAAUAUAUUUGAUCUAUCUGUUUUAGAUAAAUUUUAA